AUGACAGCGCCGGCAACUGUGAACGAACGAAUGAAUGAGGUGGUCAUAUCGACCUUGUCGUCACCAGAGCUGGAGCAAAGGGGCCGCAAGCGACGCCGCGAUCCACCUACGUUCUUGACAGUCGUCGAAAGACAAUUGCCCUCAGGCGAUGACACCUUUCGAGGCCGUUCUCGGCAUCGUUCUACAUCACGAAUCGACAUGUCUAACAACUCAUCCCGUUUGAGAGACGCAUCUCUGUCUCCAACACGACGCAAGAUUCUACGAAUUGCACAGCUGAUCAACCGCCGUCAUAGAAGCCAAAGCCCAUCGAGGUCCCGGUCCCCAAAUACGCAAGAGACCUCGAAGCGAAGGAGACAAAGGACUCGAAGUCAUGGCCGAGUACAUCACGAUCAUCCCAAACCAAUCGAGCACACCUCGCUACUGUGUCAUGAAAUCAUCGUGCGGACCGAACCCGUGAUUGACCAGCAAGUCGGUUGA